CAGCUGUGUGUAAAGGGAAACAAACCAACAGAAAUAAACAAUUAUAGAAAUUUAUAAAAAAAAUUGCCUAAUAUUGCACUAUAAUGAAACAAAAAACAGAUAUAGACGAGGAUGUUUCAUCGAUAUGCGAAUCCACAGCUUCCUUGACAGAAGGAUGCAGGCUAUCGGUGCGGAUGCACAAAACAGACGACUGGCCGUUGGCGGAGAUUGUUAGUAUUAAGGAUCACGAUGGCAAAAGGCAAUUCUAUGUCCACUAUGUAGAUUUUAACAAACGUCUGGAUGAAUGGGUUACCGAAGAGGAUUUGGACACACGCAAAGUACAAUUCCCUAGGCGAGAUGGAACGCAGACUGGGGCUAGUACUGGUGUCACAACACCCAAGAAAUUGCUUUCGGUAGCCGGUAGCGUUUCCCGACCUACUUCACCACAGCCAACUGUGGGAGAAAUGGUCAAUGGAAAUGCUGUUUUAGCUGCUGCGUUGCAAAAGAAGAUAAAUCGCAAAAGAAAGAUAAUUCCCACACCCCUACCCCCUGCUCCGAUUAUUCCUGACUCCUUACCUGCUGCCCCCACAGUUGUAGUGCCCGCAAAUGAUGAGGUGUCACAGGAUGGCAAAAGUGCAACACCAAGACAAUCCGGUAGUAUGGUUAGCAUCCAUCAGGAUGAUGUUGUGACCCGUAUGAAAAACAUCGAAAUGAUAGAAUUGGGUAAACAUCGAAUAAAGCCGUGGUAUUUUUCACCCUAUCCCCAGCACUUUCAGGAAAUCUGCCAAAUGCCCUGCAUCUACAUUUGCGAAUUUUGUCUCAAGUAUCGCAAAAGUAGAAAAUGUCUCGAAAGGCAUUUGAUAAAGUGCAAUCUGCGGCAUCCUCCUGGAAAUGAAAUAUACCGUAAAAAUACCAUAUCGUUUUUUGAAAUCGAUGGACGCAAAAACAAAGUAUAUGCCCAGAAUUUAUGUCUGCUAGCGAAGCUCUUUCUCGAUCAUAAGACUCUGUACUAUGAUACAGAUCCCUUUUUGUUCUAUGUUAUGACCGAGUAUGACAGCAGAGGUUUUCACAUAGUAGGUUACUUUUCAAAAGAAAAGGAAAGCACUGAAGAUUACAACGUGGCUUGUAUUCUUACAAUGCCUCCGUAUCAACGCAAAGGAUAUGGAAAAUUAUUAAUAGAAUUCAGUUAUGAAUUGUCAAAGUUUGAAGGAAAGACAGGAUCUCCAGAAAAACCGCUUUCAGAUUUAGGUCUUCUGUCCUAUCGAUCAUAUUGGGCUCAAACCAUAUUGGAAAUUUUCAUAAGUCAAAAACCCACGAGUGAUGGCGAAAAGCCCACGAUUACAAUUAAUGAUAUUUGCGAAGUGACAUCGAUCAAGAAGGAGGAUGUUAUUUCUACUUUACAAAACCUAAACCUCAUCAAUUACUAUAAAGGACAGUACAUAGUUUGCAUAAAUCGUGAUACAAUAGAUCAACAUAAAAAGGCCAUGGACAAGCGAAAAAUACGCAUUGACUCGAAAUGUCUCCACUGGACACCCAAAGAUUGGUCGAAGCGAUCAAAGUGGUAAAUUGAUAUAAUCCUUCUAACCUUUUACAUCAUUUGCUCAUCAUAAACCCAAGCCAAACAUGUUAGAAUAACUCAUAAUUUUUUUAUUUCUUAUUGUAUAGAAAACAAAUCGACAUUCCCCUUUCAUCACACACAAAAGAACUAGUGCACAUAUGCUAGAACGGCGACAUGUCCUCCAUUCACCAGAUCCCUUUGUUCGUGAAUAAAAAUAAAAACUAUAGAAGAAACCCA